UGUAAGUCGAGCUGUUGGAAUAACAGAAGUAUUUGUUAAGCGGAUUAAAGUAGGAAAUUAACUGUCAUCUAUCUCGACACUCUCGAGGUAGAGAAAUGGAUGUGGUGUUGCCUCUACCUGGAGCUACUGCCUCCGCCGCCUCUAGAUCUUAUUCCAGGCGUGUGCGACGCCGCAUCGUGGUCAAAGAUUGUCAGUCGGCAGAGGACGUCCAGGAAAUUAGGGUGUGCACCAACCGCACUUGCCGCAGACAAGGUUCGAUGCAAAUCCUUGAGACCCUCACCGAUCUCGCCCCUCCUAACGUCUCCGUCAAAUCCUCCGGCUGCUUGGGCCGCUGUGGGGCAGGCCCCAACCUCGUGGCCCUUCCCGCCGCCACUUUGGUCGCUCACUGCGGCACCACCGCUCGAGCGGCCGAGGUCCUCGUGGCACUAGUUCUGCCACGGGGAAGAGAAGGUGAUGGUGGUGGUGGUUCGAAUUGGGACGCUAUUGUUAACAAGAGUUUGGAAGCGCUGGCGUUGAGAAACAAGGCGCGAAGUGAAGUAGUUGACAAGAACAAUUUCUCUCAGGCUGAGCUCUUCCUCUCACAGGCUAUAGAAUUAGGACCAAUUGGGGGUGUUCAUAUUAUGUAUAAAGAGAGGUCCCUUGCAAGAUUAGCAUCCGGCAAUUGUUCCGGGGCUCUUGAAGAUGCCGCUCAAGCUUUGGCUUUGCAUCCUCUCUAUCCUGAGGCUUAUAUUUGCCAAGGUGAUGCAUUCUUGGCCAUGAACAAAUUUAAUUCCGCGCAGAGAUCAUAUUCGACAGCUUUACAGAUGGAUCCUUCUCUUCGACGUUCCAAAUCUUUCAAGGCUAGGAUUGCAAACCUUGAGAAACUCACUGCCGUAAAUCUGCCUUAAGAGCUGCAAUGUUCCUGGAGUCAUAUAUGUAAAUCGAUCAAUUACUCAACUUUGAUGAUAAGUCAUAAUGUUUGUUCUGCUUGCGUCCAGGUUCUAGAAUUUUGACCCUGAUGUAUUAAGAAUGGCGGUAAAAAGAAAGAAGAUGAUUACGUAUACUGGAGAAAUGGUAAGUUAUAGGACAAGCACUUUUCUCUUUUUUUUUUCUCUCUUUAAAUCAAUUGCAACAGCCUCAGGGUAUUGUAUAUAUACAUAUUCGUGAAAUCUGUAAGUUUUUUUUCAUGAGCCUAACUAGCACUAUAUCCUCGGACGAGUAGGGAUCUCACAACUUUCUGAUGUACCUAUUUAAUAGGCGUAAUCUACGUAAGACAUUUGUUAUACCAAGGAUCAGGAACAGAGUGUAGUGUUCAUUUUA